AUGGAAUCUGGGAGUGCCUUACGGCCUCUUGAUGAAUCAUUACUCCGCGAACUCCCUCAACUAUCUCUCCGUAUCGCCCCUCUACGCGAACCAGUAUCCUCAAGAACCCUAAGCAUCCCAUCGCCACUCGAACCCAAUGCCAUCGGGACACGGGAAUCGAAUAACAUCUCCAAUUCAAGCAGCAAUAAUGCAAAUGUUCCGUCGAGUGGAAAAGCAGGCCUGCCGACAGUAACGGAGUUUUUGAACGCCGCGCGGAUCAAGAAAACCGAACUCUCAGCAGACUCACAGUCAAAUGUGGAACGCCCUCCAAGGCCGAUACUCCCUGCGUUUGUGAACCUUCGUGCUCUGGAGAAAUUCCCAUUUUCGUCAUCAUUUGAUGAUGAUGCCCUUCAAGGGCCCCGCAAGCGCCGACGCCGAGAUCUCCAAGUUGAUACCUUCAGCGAGCAUCUACAGCUGCCGAUCCCUCAAGCCCAGAAGGAACAUCGACCUCCUCCAUUUGGACCAUUUGCUAUCUUAAACGGACUUAAUGAGCCCCCGCCCAAUGCUGCCCUUCUCCCACCCAUCGAGGCUGGGUCUAACAUCUCCCAGUUUUUGAUCAAGCCCUCCAGAGGCGAUGCUGCAGUUGACUCUGGAGUCUUGGGUUCGGCUCAUGGGGUGAUAGCAGACGGCCAGCCCGCGGAGAGAUGUGAUGCUAAGCUCGAAGAGGGCCUAGCCACAUUGAGGGAUGUGGAAGAGGAUGAUGACCAUAAUGACAAUGAUAACAAUAUUGAAAGUACUAAUCCAGUGGAUCCAGAUGAGAUUGCUCUGGUUGUCCACGAAGCGGACCUUUCCAAGAGCAGCAAGACAUUGCCUCCUACUCCAGCACAAGAUAUGCCCUUGUCCCCUAAGACUCGUGGCCGGUCUCGUAAAAAUCUGAGAAGGUGGACCGAAGAAGAGACAAUCACUUUACUUCGGGGCGUGGUGAAGUGUGGGAUCGGUAACUGGACGGCUAUUCUUGCGCAACCGGAGUUUGAAUUUAAUCAGCGUACUGCUUCCAAUUUGAAAGACAGAUUUCGAGUUCUAUGCCCGUGGGGAUACCGGGCGUCCGAUCCCAAUGAAGCUGCGAAACAACUACGCGACACCCUGACUAACGCUCUGCUCAAAGCCAAAGCUGAAGGCUCUGAUGAUACAUCUGGCAAAUUUCACCUUUCGAAUCUAGUGCCUUCUAGCCAAGCCUCUGAGCCAGAUCCUGGAUCGGGAACCCCGGUUUGCAAAUCACACAAACAGUCUAUCUCGAGUACCCUCUUAUCCAUUCCGGACCCAGAUCCAGGGAGUAUUAGCAACGCCAAGUCUCAGUCACCGUCGUCAGGAAAUAACCCGUUAGCUCUCUCAAGCCAGUCCCAUUCAACCCUUGCAUCUCUUGGGAUCCCAGAAGCGCACGUCAUAAUAUCCAAACGUCGCUCCCGACGACCUUUCACAGCCGCCGAAGAUGAAGCUCUCCUCAAAGGCUACGCUGUCCAUGGUUUCCAGUGGACAUUGAUCCAGCAAGACCAACGACUACAAUUAAGCCAUCGCAAAGCAACAGACCUCCGCGACCGCUUCAGAACGAAGUUUCCCCACGCCUAUCGCGACGGUGGUUCUGUGAGCGGCAAAACCCUAUUCCAACACCAGGGCCAGGAACCAGUAGCAGGGACGUCAACUCCUCGUCCUCAUGCUGCCAGUACCAGCGAACAAUCCCCAAACAGGCCUUUUGUGAUAACUCCAACCCAAACUCCAGCUACUACCCCUCGCACCUCGGGGUCUAGGAGUCGUCACGCUGCUACUCCUUCUCAGUCUAAUAUCGCCCAGGCUGACCCUGCCUUUUUGCCCCCGCCUGCUCAAGGGGUCAUGGAACACUCAAUGUAUCUUCCUCCCGCGGCGGCGGGUAUGCUUUCUUUCUCCUUGGACGAUGCUGCCGGGACGGGUCCCUCUUCUGCGGUUGAGACACCGUGGGAAGAUAACACCCUCGCUCCUAUGAUCUGGGACGAAUUGAACUAA